AUGGGGGUGAGGCUCCGAGUCUGGCUGGCGGCUCCCCAUUCAAUCUCCCGCUGUCCCCGUCCUCUUGGGGCGGUGCUUUCUAUCCUGCUGGCUGGAGGGUCCCGGAAGGGGUCUCCAACCUCGCGAUGCUUCGGCCAGAGGACAAAGGAGACGGGUGGCCGCUCUCUGCACUCGGAGGCCGGCUCAGGCCCCUGCCCCACUGCUGGGGCUCGGCCGACCGCUCCGUCCUCCGCCUGGCCACCGCGACUCGGGCCACGCACAUGUCCACAGAUGUACGGUGAAAUCCCACGUGUGCGUCCCACAUGGCUCGGUCUCUCUUCCUUGGACUCGGGCCCCAGACAUCCACCCUGGGGGACACGUGUGUGCGAGCGCGCCCGGCACCGUCGGGGCCGAGCACGGCCUCUCACGCCAGGGCAGCCGCGGAUCCGAGCAUCCGCUGGUCCAGGACCCCUCCCGCCCGCCAGGCCACGUUGUUCGGGCAGCUGUCACCUUCCUCGGCCGCCGCGGGACCUCUCGCCCCCGCAGCCCGGCCGCACUCGGAUGGGCGCAGAAGGGAACCGCCGGGCUCACCGCACUCGCCGCCGCCGCGCUCGCCUCCCCGCCCCGCCGCGCGCUCGGCCAGCACCUAGGCGGGGAGGCGCGUCCGCUCGGCGCUGCGCGCGCUCCGCCCUCGGCCUCCUCCGGGCUUCGGCUCCCCCUCCCGGCCGCCGAGGCUACUGCGCCCAGCCAGGCCACAGCCACGCGCCCACCCGCCUCCUCGCCCCGGGUCCCCCCCCACCCCGGCAGGGUGGCAGUUCUGCGCGAAGAGGCCGGGCCGCGCGUCCCCAAGGUCCUUUCUUGGUUCCCAGGCCUCAGGCCCCUGCAGGGACAAGGACCCGCGGGGCGCGGGUAGGUGGCAAAGCGCCGGUGGAUGAGGGUGCCCUGGGGGAGGCGUGGCCUCCAGUGCAGACACAGGUGCUCCGUGGAACUGCUGGGCCAGCGAAGUGAAGUGGAGGCACAACCCCGCCUGCCCAACAGCGACUUUGUAUCCAAAGCACCCCACUCGGGGCUGGGCACAGUGGCUCACGCCUGCAAUCCCGGCACUUUGGGAGGCCAAGGCAGGCGGAUCACUUGAGGUCAG